CGUAAAUUCGCCGCAAUGGCGGAGUUAGCUGCAGCUGCGGUUGGAGCUGUCAGCGAUGUAAACACAGCUGGAAACCCGACAGAAGUCGCCAUGGCGUAUUUACAGGAUGAGAAGACUGAUGGAGAAAUGGCGAACCUCAACCUGGGUGAACUGGAUCUCACCACGGACGAGUUCAUCCUGGAUGAAGUGGACAUUCACAUUCAGGCCAAUCUGGAAGACGACCUGGUGAAGGAGGCGCUCAGAACGGGCGUCGACCUCCGUCAGUACUCCAAACAGGUGGAGACGGAGCUGCAGAGGAUCGAACAGGCUUCCAUCAAAGACUACAUCAAGGAGAGUCAGAACAUCGCUCUGCUGCACAACCAGAUCACCGCCUGCGACUCCAUACUGGAGCGGAUGGAGGGGAUGCUGAGCGGUUUCCAGAGCGACCUGUCGUCCAUCAGCAGUGAGAUCCAGACGCUGCAGCAGCAGUCGGUCAGCAUGAACGUACGGCUGAAGAACAGACAGGCGGUUCGUAGUCACCUGAGUCAGCUGGUGGACGAGCUGGUGGUUCCCGGAGCCAUGAUCUCCACCAUCCUGGACAGUCCCGUCACCGAGCAGGAGUUCCUGGAGCAGCUUCACGAACUCAACAACAAGAUCAACUUCGCCAAAGAGCUGAGCUUCAGAGAGACGCUGGCCUGCUCCGACAUCCAGGACAUCGUCGACCGCCUCAAGCUGAAGGCGGUGUCAAAGAUCCGAGAGUUCAUCCUUCAGAAGAUUUACUCCUUCAGGAAGCCGAUGACCAACUAUCAGAUCCCUCAGAACACUCUGCUGAAGUACAGAUUCUUCUAUCAGUUCCUUUUAGCCAACGAGAGAACGGUGGCGAAGGAGAUCCGAGACGAGUACGUGGACACGAUGAGCAAGAUUUACUACAGUUACUUCAAAUCCUACAGCGGCCGGCUGCUCAAAGUUCAGUACGAAGAAGUCGCCGACAAAGACGACCUGAUGGGAGUCGAAGACACAGCCAAGAAAGGUUUCUUCUCUAAACCGUCACUGAAGAGCAGGAACACCAUCUUCACUGUGGGCCAGAGGGGGGCGAUACUGAGUCCUGCUGAGCUGGAGGGUCCCAUCCUGGUUCCUCACACGGCUCAGAGAGGAGACAGCAGGUAUCCGUACGAGACGUUGUUCCGCAGUCAGCACUACGCUCUGCUGGACAACGGCUGCAGAGAGUUCCUCUUCCUGUCCGACUUCUUCAUGGUGGCAGGAAACUCCGCCCUCGACCUCUUCAACAGCAUCAUGGGAAAAACUCUCAGCAUGUUCCUGAAGAGUAUGUCCACCUACGUGUCUGACUGCUACGACAGCAUCGCCGUCUUCCUGUGUAUCCACAUCAUCCUCCGCUUCAGAGCCAUCACCGCCAAGAGGAACAUCCCGGCUCUCGACAAGUACUGGGAGGCAGUGUUGGAGCUGCUCUGGCCGAGGUUCGAACUGAUUCUGGAGCUGAACAUCCACAGCAUCAGAAACACAGACCCUCAGAAACUGGGAGUGCUGGACACCAGACCUCACUAUAUCACACGUCGUUACGCAGAGUUCUCGUCAGCGAUCGUCAGCAUCAACCAGACGUUUCCCAACGAGAAAACCAACACUCUGCUGGGACAGCUGCAGGUUGAAGUGGAAAACUUUGUGCUGAAGAUGGCGGCAGAGUUUCCCUCCAGGAGAGACCAGCUCAUCUUCCUCAUCAACAACUACGACAUGAUGCUCAGCGUCCUCAUGGAGAGGGCAGCAGACGACAGUAAAGAGGUGGAAGGUUUCCAACAGCUGCUGCUGGCCAGGACGCAGGAGUUUAUCGAGGAGAUUCUUUCUCCUCCGUUCGGAGGGAUGAUCGCCUUCGUGAAGGAGGCCGAGGCUCUGCUGGAGAAAGGUCAGCUGGACCGCCUGAAGAACGAGGAAGCUCGGAUCACUCAGCUGGUUCGGGGGUUUUCCAGCACAUGGAAACAGUCUGUGGAGUCGAUGAGUCAGGACGUCAUGAGGUCCUUCACCAACUUCAAGAACGGGACCAGCAUCAUACAGGGCGCUCUGACCCAGCUGAUCCAGUACUACCACGGCUUCCACAAGAUCCUGAACCAGCCGACGUUCCGCAGCCUGGCCGUCCGCUCCGAGCUCAUCAACCUGCACCACCUCAUGGUGGAGGUCAAGAAGCAUAAACCCAACUUCUGACAGGACGGCGGCGGCGUCUGCGGGGGAAAACAAACCAGACGGGCUGUUAUUUGAAACGUGAGCAUGACGCUGUAAACCAAAUCCAGUUUUCUCCUCCUCCGCUCUCACCUGAAGGACAUGUUUGGAUGUUUUUGAAAGCAUUAAAACACUUUUGUCUCCAGCUGAAGAACAAGUCGCACCAUAGAUCAGUGAGGAUAAACCAGCUGAUUAACCAACCAACCUAUGAACCAAGAGUGUUUCUUGUUUUUCAUUAAAUGUCAGUUUGCAUUAAAACACGACCUAACCUCUAAAGUACUGAAAUAUGGAAAACAAUUAGAUGACCCUCCUUAUUUGAGCUGCACAACCAGUGCUUGCCUGUCAAAAUAUUUAAUUUAACUUCAUUUUAAAGUUAUAAUCCUUUAGAUUUCAGCCCUGGUUGGUUUGGUGACACCUGUGGUUACUGUGGCAACAGCAGGCGUGUUUGUUUACAGGUGUGAACAGGAUGCAUUCAGGCACAGUACUGAAUGUAGGUCACCUGCAUUACGGCAGCAUUCAGAGCCAAACACACCAUCACUGUAGUUAUGCAUGUAAGAAUACAUUUUUGGUUGCCUAAAGUCAGUCAGUCAAACAUAAGACGGGCUGAAAAAGUGGCUGAAACACUUUCCUGUAUGAACCUGCUGCGUUCUGCUCAAAGAACAACUGGAGUCUCUGGUUACGAAGCAGCCAAACAAACUCUUGUUUUAAUAAAAGAAUUCGGUAAAUUAUCAACCUUUUUCCAUCAUGUCAUGAGCAACUGAGAUCUGAUUUCAUGCUGCACGCAAUGUGAACAGUUUCUCACACAACAGCAGAACAUGAACAGUCAUCUCAUUACUACCUGACAUAUUUAACACUGAUGUGCUGUCAAAAAAUGACCUAAAUGGAACCGUCACACAUAUAUUGUGUUUUCUGUGGCUUCUUCAUAUUAAAAACCAGCCCAUGUUGCACCUGGUAUGAAGCAGCAGUGGUAGGAAAUGUUGCCGUUAGCAGUAACUUAAUCCGGCUCUGAAGCAUCAGCAGUAGAGUGAACAGCGAGGUUGACGAGUGAGACCAGAUGGCGGACUUCGAUACGAACAGUAAAAACUACUACGUGUAGAGUUGUUACUGAUGUAAACACACAAACCAAUUAUACAUAGUAAAAACUGAAGGAUUGUAACUUUUAAAAAGAAAUUUGAAAACAAAUCAAAAUACUGGUGAAAUUUGACUAUUUAUUCACGUUUAGUUUAGUAAAGCAGCAACAAAAAAACUUCCGUCAUGGAUUUAGACUUUGAUCAUGAAACUGUUUUUAUUUUGUCUUUGUUGUCUUAUUGAAUCCAGAUGAAUAAAUCGAUUGAUUUGUCACUGCACUAGUGAGAGAGAGAAGCUCUCACAAACACAUUACUUGAAAAACUGUCGUUUUUUUUUUUUUGUUGUUCAUCUGAGAAGCAGCUUCAAUGAACCUCAGCAGGUUAAACUGACCAGUAAGAUAUAAGUCUGGUGUUAUUCUGUUUUUAUUUAAUUUUCAGCAAAUCCCACAAAAAGACCAAAAACAUUUAUCCGUCUGUCAGCUCCGAGCCCAUCGGCUCCUCCUGAAGACGUAGAUCUAAAACCCUUACAUGUAUAGUUUAACUGUUAAAAAUGCUCAGUAAUUCCCCCAAAACAGCUGAUCACUGCAGCUUUUAACAAACUAAACUGUGGGAUUUGUUGACGAGAAGAAAACUACAAAAUAUCAGCAGACUCAUCCUUUUAAAGAUCCGACUCCGUCAGGUCGUUAUAAAAGUUGCCGUUGGCGCUUCAACACACUGACGGGGUGAAUCUUGGAAGUUGCUUUGUGCCUUUGCUCAUUUUCUGGCUGUACAGAGUUCAUCGUGUUGUGUUUGUGUGAAUCUGUGUGUAAAGUCAUUCCAGUCUGUGGAGUUUAACAAUGAAUCAUGGAAAUACGA